GCAUUUUUUUGCACCUGAGUGGUAAACGCCUUAUCCUGAGCAUUUUGGUCAGGGAAUUGUCCUUCCCGCGCUACUUGAUUUACGUGCCCAGUGGGGAGUACUGUAUGUGCGGGUUUCUUUCUCUUUUCCUUCCCAAUUCCCUGUGAGGAGGAGGAAGAAGAGGAGGACGCCGCCGCCACUGCUGCGAUUGCUGCCAAGUCGUUUGCCUGAAAGGCGCGUUUUGCAUGACAAGAGAAAGGUGUGCGCUGUGCGUGCACAGGAGCAAGCGCUGAAGCAAGGAAGACGCCGCAGGCGAACGGGGGAGGGGGCUUCUCCGGAAUGUAGCAUGCAUGGCUGGGGGCUCCGUCAAGAUGCAACCUGCGUGUGACAGGGCCGACUCGCUGCUCCAUAGCCGUAACGCAGCCGACGCCAGAGGCCAGGAGCAGCAAGUUCAGCUGCGGCAAAAGCUGAAGGAACUGCCGACGCUGCUCAGGAGUGGACUCACGCUGCGGAGAAAGCGCUCAGACGCCGGGGGCCGGAUUAUAUCUAGAAGGAUUUCAAAUCCGUAUGUGGAAAAUCCUCCUAACAAGAUUUAUGGAGAGGAUGCCUCAUGUGCUGGAAGAGCUCUCAGAAAUGUUUUUCUGUUACAAGCUUCUGAUCUGAUAAAAGAUAGAAUGUCUCUGAUGGGGCUUUGCAGGCAAAGUUGCAUUGGAUCUGAACUGGUAGAUUGGCUUUUAAAGUGCUGUUCUUUCAUUAAGAGCAGAUCUACAGCAACUGGUAUAUGGCAGCUACUACUGAAUAUGGGAAUUGUGUUAUCAGUGGAUAGGCAGAUUUAUUUUCAAGACAAGUAUGUUUUCUAUCAGUUUUCAUCUGAUGAGUGCACAUAUCUGUUCUGUGAAUAUGAAGGAGAAAAAGGAUGGAAGAAUGGUGUGAAACUUUUACUGAAGCUGGUGCCUGUUACUUCUCCAAGGAUUAAUAUGUGUAACCUGGAUAACAGAAGAAUAGAAGAAACAGCUGAAACCAAUGCUGAAAUUCUUGCUCGCCUCACAGCAGCAGUGCAGAGGGAACUGGCAGCUGUUCUUGCCAUGAAAGCAAGAAAAUCAGCGAUGAAUCAAAGUUAUGACAACUGCAGUGGAGAAGCAACAGUGCAAGAAGAUCAGAAGGAUACCUGUGAUGUACAGGCAGGAGUUAUGUGCAAGCUUCAAGAACGAGAAGAUAUUGGGCACCUUGAACUUGUCCAGAAGUUUGCAAAAGAAAAUUGUCAUGUUCCACAGGCAGAUAAAAGAGAACCAGGGAAUACAGACCAGCUGGAUGAUGAAGUGACCACUGUUCAAGUGAAGGAACUGGACCAAGAUGUGCUGGUGCUUAGGAAAGUGUUGUCACAGAGCCCAGCCCCCACAUCAGGGAGUGCCGAGAGUGAUUGGAGAUAUGUGGUGGUAUCAGGGACACCAGAGAAGAUUUUGGAGCAUCUCUUGAAUGACUUGCACCUGGAAGAAGUACAGGACAAAGACACAGAAACUCUUCUGGAUGACUUCCUCCUUACGUACACAGUCUUCAUGACAACAGAUGACUUGUGUCAAGCUUUGCUGAGACAUUAUUGUGCUAAGAACCAUCAAGACAAGGAUGAAAUUCUUGAUGUUCUCUGCAGAAAGCGAAAAGUCUUGCAUUUGGUGUCACAAUGGACUUCACUCUACAAAGAUUGGUUGCAUGAAGAUGAGCAUUUGAAGCAGUUCCUUAAGACAAUAUAUAGGAAUGUGUUAGAUGAUGUGUAUGAAUACCCUAUACUGGAGAAAGACCUGAAAGAAUUCCAGAAAUUACUUGGAAUGCAUCGUCGUCACACAGUAGAUGAAUAUUCACCUCACAGAAAGCAUAAAGCCAUUUUACAUCAAUUCAGCCUCAAGGAGAACUGGCUCCAGAACAGAGAAACUGUGAAUGAAACAGAGGAAGUUUUUUGCCAUGUGUAUAUCACAGAACAUUCUUACAUCAGCGUGAAAACUAAAUUAUCCACUUCAGUUCAAGAGAUUUUGAAAAUUGUAGCAGAGAAGCUUCAGCAUUCUCAAGAAGAUCUGGCUCUAGUGGCUCUUUCAUUCUCUGAGGAAAAGCAUGAAUUGCAACCAAAUGAUCUGGCAAUCUCCAAAUCUCUUGAGUUGUCUGCUCGCAUGUUUGUGUUUCGAAAGGAUCUGACAGAUACUUUGAUCCCUUUUGCUGAAAAUGAGGAAAUACAGCAACGAUCAGUGAAAAUUCUGGGGAUUAACACCUGGGACCUUGCUUUGGAAUUAACAAUUUUUGACUGGAAUCUUUUCAAUUUGGUUCAUGAACAAGAACUGAUAUAUUUUACCUUCAGCCGACAAGGCAGUGGGAAAAACACUGUGAAUCUUAGUCUUCUGCUUCAAAGAUGCAAUGAAGUUCAACUCUGGGUUGCCACAGAAAUACUACUUUGCAACCAGCUCUGUAAACGUGUACAGCUAGUGAAAAAGUUCAUUAAAAUUGCUGCUCACUGCAAAGCCCAACGAAAUCUGAAUUCAUUUUUUGCCAUUGUCAUGGGACUCAACACUGCCUCUGUCAGCCGGCUUUCUCAGACAUGGGAGAGAAUGCCUGGAAAGUUUAAGAAGCUCUUUGCUGAACUUGAAAGUUUGACAGAUCCUUCUCUGAAUCACAAAGCCUAUAGGGAUGCAUUCAAGAAAAUGAAGUCUCCAAAGAUCCCCUUCAUGCCUUUACUCCUUAAAGAUGUGACAUUUAUACAUGAAGGAAACAAAACAUUUCUGGAUAACCUUGUAAAUUUUGAAAAGCUGCACAUGAUUGCAGACACAGUCCGAUCAUUGAGGCAUUGCAGGCGCAACCAGUUUGGAAAUGAAAUACCCUCAAAAGAGCACGAGGAGCUGAAAUCCUAUGUCCAUCAUUUGCAUAUCAUUGAUAACCAGCAGAUGUUGUUUGAGCUUUCUCACAGGAUAGAACCUCGUAUGUGAAUUCAUACUCACAUAACUCCAGCACUUUUAAUUAAGUGAAGAUUUAUGUGCCAAGCAUGUUACUUCCAUAAGAAAUGGAUGAUUACUGAGUUUUAUCAGUAAUUGGUGCCACAGUACUUGCUGGCAUCCCAAGCAAAGCAAGAGGAGAAGCUCUUCACAACAGCCUUCCAAGAUGAAGAAAUGCCAUAUCCAUUCAGCUGCGGAGAGAAGAAAUGCAUUCACCAUAUUCAAAACCUUGAUUUUCUUGAAAACCUUGUUCAGAGUAGCUUUCAGUCCCAAGUCCAUCAGUGUUAAAUUGAAAUAAAAUGUUCUAUUCUUAUAAGGAUUUUCAGCUAGCAGCACUGCUUUGAGAAAGGUGCUCACAAUUUGGCGCACAGGGAUAUACCUCGGUAAUCAUAAGCUGCCUGAAGUAUUGACUGUGGGGCCAAAAUGAAAGCAGCAGGGCAGGUAUUGAUUAAUCUUCCCUGAGAUAUGUGCUGGCAUCCACUUCAAGAUCAAAGCAUAAGGAAAGACAAGUUGUUAGAAUUUAGCAUACUUAAUAGAAUUUAACAAAUGUAAAAUUUAAGCCAAGCACAGUUAAUACUUGAUUUUAACAUCUUAUAUUUCACAAUGUGCUGCUUAUAAAGCAAGAUGUCACACCAUCAAUUAUGGUAACCUGUGCUGUGCUUUUAUGCCAGAUUAGGAUUUAGAGCACUGCUUUUAAUAUUUCUUACAGAUAAUGCUUUUUAAACUUUAAAGCCAUCUCAGUUUUUUAGUCCUUUCUUAGUAAUUCUAUUAGAGGCAAGCAAUGACACAAAAGUGUCCUGCCUAUAGCUUUAUUACAAACAAAUGUAGUGUGUUUUACUUCUGUGUUCACUUUACUAUGCUGUUACUAAUUACCAUUACUAACUUUAGACUGGUGCAAGUUUAUUGCAAAACAGUGAUAAAUUGGUAAGAAAGAAUCUAACAUACUGUGGGGCUGUUGCUUGCAACUCAAAAAACUAGAACCCAGAAUUACUCAAAUAAGUAAUGAGGGUGAAAGUACUAUGGCACACUUACUACUAUUAUUAACAUUUAAAAUGGUAAUACUUUAUAGCUAAAUUAAAUCUGAUUUUGUUGAAUAAGUCAUAAACCAUGAUUUACAAACAAUAAUGAAUAAGUUCAUACAGCAGACGUAGCCAAAUUCAAACAAAUAAUAUUAUGGGUUAUCAUGUAAACCAUGAUUUACAAACAAUAAUGAAUACAUUCAUACAGCAUACGUAGCCAAAUUCAAACAAAUAAUAUUAUGGGUUAUCAUGUAAACCACGAUUUACAAACAAUAAUGAAUACGUUCAUACAGCAUACGUAGCCAAAUUCAAAC